CAACUUCUUUACGUACGCAACACUCCCCCCCUCACAUUUCCCGUCGCUGCAUUGCUUCUCCGCAGAUCAGAGGGAAAAUAGGAGCUCUCGUCUUCUCCGAUUGUCUGAGAACCCAAGAAUUUUUGUUGGCUUGUUGCGAGGGAAGGUGUGGCAACGAUUAAACUUUUUCCUUCUAAGCCUAUAUUUGACGAUUCCUGGCUGAGGCACUGCCAUGGAAUGUAUUCAAAGCAUGUCUGAAGUGGAAGCUGGAAAUGAACUUGCUCAAAAGCCUCUGAUACCUGGGCUUCCGGAUGACGUCGCUCUUUCCUGCUUGGCAAGACUUCCACGGAAGUUCCAUACAGUCUUGAAGUGUGUGUCUAAGCGAUGGAGAGACAUAGUUUGUAGUGAUGAGUGGUACUCUUACAGGAGAAAGCAUAAUCUUGACGAAGCAUGGAUCUAUGCUUUGUGUAGAGACAAACAGGAACGUAGUUUCUGUUGUGUAUUAGACCCCAAUUCCUCGCGAAGAUGUUGGAAGCACAUUCAAGGCAUUCCACCACAAAUUUCAAAGCGAAAAGGCAUGGGAUUUCAAACGCUGGGGAAGAAGAUUUACUUUUUGGGAGGUUGUGGUUGGUUUGAAGAUGCUACUAAUGAAGUGUACUGCUACGAUGUUUCUGCCAACACUUGGAAUGAAACUACUUCGUUGUCAAUUGCGAGGUGUUAUUUUGCUUGUGAAGUUUUGGAUGAGAAAAUUUGUGCAAUUGGGGGUUUAGCUACAAAUCUGAGUGGUCCCAAUUCUUGGGACACUUAUGAUCCCAGCACAAAUGGUUGGAUCUCUCAUGUGGACCCUAACCUCGUUCCUGAAAUAGAAGAUUCUAUGGUAUUGGAUGGACAGAUAUAUAUCCGAUGCGGUGGUUCUUCACUUUCUUCUCAUGUCUAUGCCAUCGUGUACGAACCAUUGAGGGGCUCGUGGCAACAUGGGGAUGCUGACAUCGCGUCUGGCUGGAAGGGUCCAGCAGUCGUCAUAGGUGGGACUCUUUAUGUGUUGGAUCAAAGUUCAGGACUCAGGCUGAUGAAGUGGCGGAAGGAAAGCAAGGAUUGGGUGGUGGUGGGGAGAUUGUCACAGCUAUUAACUCAACCUCCAUGCCGACUUGUCGCAAUUGGCAAGAGAUUAUUUGUCAUAGGGAAGGGGCUUAGCACGCUGAUGUUCGAUGUGGACCAGAGUGAAAAUGCAGGAGGAAUAAUGGUGGGAUCUUCUAUAUCCAAAUUGACUUCUGAUUAUGAUGUAAUUAGCUGUAAAGUUCUAGCACUAUGAGUUGCCCUUGCUCAUUAAAUUCUUGUUGAAUCUCUUUUGUGGUUACUUGCGGUCAAAUAUGUUGGGUGCUCUUUUCUGAGGAUGGAUGCCGAAGAAGGGAGAUAUACAUUACUUUUGUAAAUAUGAACAAGGUAGCUCCUGCUGUAUUACUCGAUACUUUAGAGA